AUGUCCGACAAAAAUCAACUUGAAACCCCAGUAUGUCUCGAUGCGAGCCUCUGCCGACUCUGCCGUUUCCCUAUCAGCAGGGAGAAAGAGGAGAUUGCUGCUUGUCGCGCCAUCGCCUUCCACGCUAAAUGCGUUGAGAUGGCCGCUCCUUUUGGAAUUCCUCUCCCUCGGUACCCCCUUGUCACCGAGUACUCUUACCGUCAUGCCUCGUUAUGCCAUGAAAGACGGAGGCGCCGUGUUCGGGAAUUGAUAGAGAGUGCCCUGCGUAAAACAUAUGGCAAGCUGCCGCCAGAGCUUUGGCAUAUCGUGUCUGCAGACGAAGAGUUGAUCAGACUUUACACCAUAGCAGAGCUUUCUCCGAAGCGUCACAAGACUGAAUGGUCUGUUGAUCUGUCACUCCCAGUGUUGAUCACAGUCGCCAGAAUGGAUGGUGCGGGCGACCACCUCGGCAUCAGGCGAAUCACUUCAGACCCGAAAGAAUCCAGCUUAGAUGCAUUAUAUCCGGCCUAUUGGGAAACAGUACCUGCAAACAGCCAGACGAUAACUUUCCUUGGUGAUGGCCUUAAGCUUCGAAAGCUAUUGACUCCUUCGAACUACCCUCGAGUUUUCUGGCCUCGUCCAGUAACGCCGUCUGAACUCGAGUCGAUGACAUUCUACUAUGCUGGUUGGGGCGAAGGGGCUCUUGAGGCCAGGUUAAGAACACUGACUUUCAAUGAACCCAGUACAGCUGGAUAUUCCGUAUGUUGGGCCAAGGAUGAGAUGGUCUCAAUUCAUGUUCAUCGCAACACGGAACAUGGAACAUCGAGAAUCCGACCGUACACUAUAGAUGACCACUCUGAGUUUGAUGAUCGAAGUCUCCUCAAGUGGACUUACUAUCCUAUCCAGGAGGAUGAGUUCAUUCAAGAGAUCUGGCUACGAGGGUCCGAGAAAUAUGAUACGACUCGGCCCCUCCCAUCUCAAGGUGACGGCGGUGUGAAAUAUCAAAUGUCGACUCCAUGGGGGUUGAACAAAUACAAGAGGCCCAGUGACAUAGCUCUUGCGCUUGUUACGAGCAAAGGCCGAAAGAUUGUUGCCGGAAGUUUCCCAGACCACCAUGAACAAUACUCAUCAUAUUGGAAACAUCGUCACUGGGACUUGGUAGCGAAAACAUCCGUGAACGCUCCACUUCGAGUUUUCUUCUCUCCCUCAGACCGUGGAAUUCCUCUGAUAGCUGCAACAAGAUUGUCAGACAACCAUACCACAGCCCCUCCACCGAGUCAAACACCGCUUGGUACUAUGCCACGUUUCAACCCGCUCCAUACGCUACACUACUCAUCCGCGUCCUUAGAAAACAUCACAGAAGUCCUAGUCUGCAAGAGCAAGAAUGAGAGAGACACGGGCGUAAUUCGACACUUUGACUUGGAAAACAGCCGUUUAGUCGAAGCUCCUUAUAAGAAGGUCGCUGGACUAUUGUUUAGGUACGCCGACGGUAGUGAGGCUAGCGUUGGGUGCUUUCGAUUUGACUGGGCCGAGACGCCGCUUGCAAGAGAUGGCUCAAGGGGACUUUUUGUCGGGACACGGCCAGGCAAGAUUGUGCAGAUACCUCCACAUGUAGCUGCCGUUGAUAUCAAGCCUCCAGAAGCCGAAGGAGAGUUUACUUGGAUGGAGAUGCCCUGGGCUGGAGUACUUGAGUGGUGGUUCAACCCUGAUAACUUGGACACUAGCAUCACCCAUAUCCUUUAA